CAAACGGUGCGUCUGAGCUCGGUGUUUACCUUCGGAUGGGAGGAGGAAUGAAGCAGGGGGUCUGCGAUGGAGGGGACAGAGCGGAUGGCAGGACAGGAGAGGCCACAAAGGCGGGUGAGGUUCCGCGUGGCUUCUGGGAACAGCGGCCGGGUGCUGAAGGAGAUGUUCAAGGAUGAGGGGCCCUCGGACUCCCUGGAUUCAGACUGCGCCAGCAGCUCGGACGCAGAGCGGGCCAGCACCCCCUCCACAACAGGAGAUGUUCAUGGACACCUGUUUGGAUACCUGGGCUCUGAGCUGGACGAUAGCAGGAGCGAGUUCGAUGAACUGCUCGUGUACGCGGGGACCACCAAAGACUGGGUGUUCACCACCAAGAGGGUCAACAUCCUCAGUAACAACGGGACAGUCCGAGGGGUCAAACACAAAGUCAGCGCGGGUCAGGCGCUCUUUGAAAACCUUCCUAAUGCUAUGGGGUUAUCGCUGGAGUUUGGGCGGAUAGUGAUCUACACCACCAGUUUCCGUGUGGUGAGGACGACGUUUGAGCGUUGCGAGCUGGUCAGGAAGAUCUUCCAGAACCACAGGGUGAAGUUUGUGGAGAAGAACAUCGCCCUGGACUGCGAGUACGGGAAGGAGCUGGAGGAGCGGUGCAAACGUGUGGGCGAACCUCCCUCACUGCCAGUCGUGUUCAUCGAUGGACACUACCUCGGGGGUGCUGAAAAGAUCCUUGGCAUGAAUGAAUCAGGAGAGCUGCAAGAUCUUCUGAUGAAAAUUGAGAGGGUACAGCAACCCCAGACGUGCCAGACCUGCGGAGGCUUCGCCUUCAUCCCGUGCCCGAUGUGCCAUGGCAGCAAGAUGUCCGUGUUUCGGAACUGCUUUACAGAUUCCUUCAAAGCCCUCAAAUGCACUUCCUGCAAUGAAAACGGCCUGCAGCCCUGUGCGAGCUGCAGCCAGUGA